UGCCGAAAUUGAACUAAGAGAUAUUUGUUUGGAUACCGCAGUUUCCUUUGUAUCAAGUUAUGCCAGUGACAGAUAUUGCAAUUACUUUUCUGAACACGAGGCAAAGAAUUUAUUACGAGAAGGUUCAACCACAUGCCAUCCCAGAUGUCAAAUAAAACUAACCACCAGAAAUGUCCGUAUGAAUUACCUAGCCUAUGUUUCUAUGGUGUUUGACAGUUACAACUACAGUACAAGAAUGGGCUGCCCGUAUUUCUAUAAAGCAAAUUUAACUAUAGAUUGUUCGCAUUUGGGGAAGGGUUAUCCAAAUGGCGACCUGGCUGGUACACAAACUGAAAACAAUGAAUCACCAAGAAAAGACAUCGGAUCUAUAUUCGGAGCAUUGUUCGGGGGACUAUUUCUCGGUUUGAUAAUAUCAACAGUCAUUGGUUUUGUUAUGUAUAGAAAGUUUCCUUCCCAUUUCCAAAACUGUUCGGAUCCACGAUUAAUGUUUGCAAAGAAGAAAACACACAAUAGAGACAGAGAUAAAGACAACAUUCAACAGGAUAAGCAGAGGCAAGUUUUGAACGUGUCUCCUCUCACACUAUCAGAAAGAUCGCCGGAAUACAGCAACACGUCAGGACAACAAAAUACAGUGACUGUCACGGACGAUGUGUACAACUAUCUGAACGAGGAAGAGGAAACUCAGGAUGGGGAUACAUAUGAUCACGCAUGCGCAGCAACAAAAAAUGGUCACGCGAUGAUAAUGAGCGAUUAUAGUAAUCACCAUAGUUUGAACGAUGACUAUAAGUCAGCUGGAAGGGGAACCGAUGACUAUUUUACUUUAGAGCACAUUUAAUGACUUGGAGAAGAUUUAGUCUUGUCUGCUGUUCACAAGGCUAUUUUGAGUUCGAGCAUAUCUAAGUCCCUAUAGGUUUUUUAAACUUCUGUAACAUUAUGCCCCGCUAACGUGUUAUCUUUGUGGAAACCUUAGACCAACAUUUCGAAGUCAACAGGUUUUAUAUCCAUUUGACAUAGUUGAAGUAAUCUUAUAGGGUUUUUUUUCUUUGAUUA